ACAACUGAGCCGCCUGAGUGAAUAAGAAAUUGCCAAGUUGAGGCACCCCGGGCCUUGUAAAGCUGUGGUGCUGAGAACGGCACUCUGUUGCUGGCAGGCAGGGUGACCUGAGAUGGCCGUCCGAGGUUACAGAGGUUCUGGUGACUCUGAAUGGGUGUGGGAGCCAGGAAGGAGAUGUGAGCCUCACUGAAGCAAAACCCCUGGGAGCAGGGCUUGCUCCUGAAUCUCAUUUUUCACAUGUCUCCUGCACUCUCACUACUAGCCCCGUAAGAGGAAAGGAGGUGCUUCCUGUUAUUCUGAUUCAAAUCUCAAGCUGGUCACAGGAGGGAAGCAGACUGCCUAUGCUUCAGAGUGGCAGGCUGUACAAGAUGGAUGGCCACGCUCUGCUCUUGAGGCUACUUUUGCUGGUUUCCACAGUGGCUAUUACACUUCAUGCUUAUUCUGGAACAACAGUAUCUCCCCGAAGUGCUGUCUACUCUUUCGAAAAUCUAAACCUUACACUUCUGGAAUAUAAAGAUCUUAUAUACCAGUUCCAUACCAAACAGUGCUGGGAUUUGUUCGCUGAGCGGAUGGCCAAUAUCAGCAAAAUACAUUGGUGUGAGUGGAAGAGUAUUCACAGGCCAUACAGUCAUCUGAGAAAAUGCCUGGAAGGUGGAGCUGAUAAGCUGCGGCUUGACUACCCCAAUGCCUUGGCUGAGAAAUACAUCAUCUUCAGCCACCUCAACUACUUCCUCAACUGCACCCAGCAGUUUCGACCACUCCUGGACCCUCCUGAAAAUGUUUUGCUGCCUCUCAUCAUAACCCCCAUCUGCCUUAUUCCUUUCUUGGUUGCUCUUGUUGUACUAAAGAGCAAAGAUGGUGAGAUGCGGUCAUGAGUCCUGACUUUUAUGAGGUGAUGUGGUAGUGUAAUUACAGCACUCAACUCUUGGGUGUCAUGAAAUUCAUCCUACCCAGUCUAAGAACACUCUGUGGCAUGAGCGAUUGCACUGGAGACUAUUGAUUGAAGUAUGAGGGCACUUCGUACUAAAAGAAGUAGGAUAGAAAGAACAAAACCAAACCUCCAUCACCAAGGCAAAUGCUGAUGUAUGUAUGCCACAGUUGUAACCUAGUUUGACAUUACUGCCUAUCUUAUUCUGAAUGAAUUAUGGGAAUUGCAGACACAGUUGUGCUGCUGAAAAUUCUUAGUGAGAACUCACUAGAUUCUUUACAGAAUUGCUUUUCAGGGUUCUGUAUGGAGAACCCCAGACAGUGAAAGAUUAUAGGGUGGGUAUAAAUAGGCGAAAUGUACUGUAUGUGAAUGCUUUUUCUAUUAGCAACAAAAUGGUAAGUGCACGUGAGCCCUUCUUUCUGCAGGUUGAUACCUUUGUCUUUCCAAACUCUCACGCAAUGCUUACAUAUGUCAGAUAGUAAUGCCCCAUAAAGCUGUGUUUCCAUGUAGGCAAUGUGUUAGGAUAAUGUUCCUUGUCUUCUUCCUUAUUAAGAUUGCCUCUUUGGGCAAGCCCUGACUAUCCCAAAUUUGAAUUUCCUUUUGUAAGUAAUCUGGACUAACUGGAGACAAAAUGGCUUCUGCCCUCGCUGUUCAACUACAAGUUUCACUUAAUCUGCUCACUUUGACCCCCGAAAACUGUUAGGCUCAAGAUGCAGUAGGUGCAGAUGUCCAAGAUAUGAUGUAUAAAAGAGCUGCACAUCAGUAAGAUGGAGUAGAGAAAAUACAGAAAAGAUCUGCUAAAUGGAUCAAGAAGAUGAACUGAAAGUGGGUUGAAGUUUAGAGGAUGAAUUAUUAAGGAGAUUCAUGACAGAAGUUAAUUAAACAGUGAAUAAUUAGCAGAAAAGACAACCCAGGAUACUUUUACAUAGCCACAGAGUGCAUUUUGGCUAUUGUAUGACACUCUUAUAAACUAUUCUUUAAAAUGCAAUGCAAUUACAUUUUUCUAUUUAGUAGCAUACUACUAUUGAGGCAUUCCAGAGCUAUUGGCUCUUUCACUAUUAGCUUCCUCCUUGUACCAUCUUCCUGUUUUUUCUCCAACAUUUUAGUAGCAAUGUUGACUAAAAAAACCCUCAAUGAAAUAAUCGUAUUGCUUGAUCAGAGCACUCUGACAAGACCACAAACGCUAGAAGCUAUAUACUUUUUCAGAACGCAACUUCCCUUCCAUUAUGUGUAGUUGGAGAGGAACAUAUUUCGAUCACUUCAAAAACUAAGUUCUACAUUUCUUUGGAUUGAAGGUGUAAGGAGCACUGAGGCUUCUGCAGUUCUUCAGUGCCUCCUAGCUUGCACCCUGAUAACCCAUUUAAGGCCUCAGAUAAACUGGGCAGUUUUAUCAUUCACUCAUUCGUUUGUUCAUUUGUUCAUUCAUCAUAAUUGUUUUCUUUGAAGGGAACAUUUGGUUACUGUAUUCUUUUUCUGCAGUUUUUCCUUUCAGUGUUCACAAUAUCAUGUAUGAUAAAGAAAGGAAAAAUGAAAGGAAAUCAGUAACUAAAAUAGGCCUCAACAUCAGAAAAUGUUUGCUUGCCAUGAUAAAGAUGCCCCUUUUCAGUAAAGUCUUUGUGGUACUGAACAAGUAACCGUAAAGACAGAAACAACCAAGAAAAAUCUACUAAUUAAUUCUGAAGUUAAUAAAUCUAUGGGACGUACUUGAGCAUCAACCAGGUUAGAAAUCCAUGGCCCGUAUUCACCACCGAGUAACAUUUUUGCAACUCAAGAGGCCCCAUAACUGCAACUGGCAGACAAAUAACUGAUUUUCAGUGGUGUGAUUUUGCAUGUAGUCAGGAGUUACCAGUGAUAUAAGCAUCCUUUCCAUGUAAUUCCUUUUGUAGGGAAUAAUUCCCAGUUUCUGCGCUUUAAAUGGGCAAUAAAAAUUAUAGUGUUCUGUUGAAGUCUCUAUUCUGAACGUUUUCUCAUUUUCAUUUUAUUGUUACAAUGUAGUUUUAGUCUGGUUUUGUUAUUCUCUUUCAUUUUGUAUAUCACCUCAGGCACCUGAGGGACAGUGCAGUGAUUUAUUAAUAUGUCAGACAAAAUAAAUAUAGAACAUACUAAA